AUGGAAGGUUGCUUAACAUGUUUUAAAGUUUCUGCGGCUUUUAUAGUUUGUCUCACUUCGUUAGUUUAUAUAAAGAACUAUAAGAAAAAAAAAAGGAUUAAUGAUUUAAUUAAACGUAAGCUAAAAGAAAGAGAAGAAAGUUGGGCUAUAAAAAAUGAUUGUUCUUUAAGUGAUGAAGAAAUUAGCGAAAUUACGAGCUUGACAGCUAUUGAGGUCCUCAAUGCUCUAGAAAGUCGACUAUGGACUUGUUAUGAAAUCGUCUCUGCCAUCUGCAGUCGAAGUGCAGCAGCCGAUUCUUUGUUGAACUGCAACUCUCAAGUUUUGUACAAAAAAGCUUUUAAACGCGCUAAAGAAAUUGACAACCUAAUUUCUGCAGGAAACUAUAAUAAAGAGGAACUCCCUCUUUUAGGCUUACCGAUUUCUGUUAAAGACGUCUUCGAAGUAAAAGGAACGGACUGUACUUUUGGCUGCGCUCAUCGUUUAUAUCAACCGUCUACAUUAGAUGGUGAAUUAGUGAAGACCUUAAAAAGAUUAGGAGCUAUUAUCAUAACGAAAACAGUGGUGCCACAGUUACUUAUGCUUCCCGAAACUUACAACCCGGUAUUCGGACCCUGCAGGAAUCCUUACGAUCUGACCCGGACAGCCGGCGGCAGUAGUGGCGGUGAAGCUGCUCUUAUAGCUUCGCGCGGGUCUUUUAUAGGCCUUGGAACAGACCUUGGCGGGAGUGGAAGAAUCCCCGCCAGUUUUUGCGGAAUUGUCUCUUUUAAACCAACAGCCAGCCGGUGUAGCCUGCGGGGCAUCAAAACGAUGAGCUACUUGUCAGGAAUGGAAGCCUUCAAAGUGUGCUACACGCCAAUGGCUCGUUCUGUAGAGGACUGCGUAUUGUUAUUAAAACAUUUAUGGAGCCCUUCAGUAAGUAAAGCAGACGUGCGCUGCUGCUGCGUUCCUUUUCAAGAAGAAGUUUAUAAUAGAAAACAGCCCUUAAAAAUUGGAUACA